AUGUGCAUCAUCCAAGACGACGACAAUGACAAGACGAAAGAGGUCGCAAAGAUGCACGCGAUCUACCGAAGCUCGCUUGUAACAAUAGCACCAUCAGAGGCGCCUACGAGCAAAACCGGGUUUCUCAGACCUCGAGACAUGUGGCGGCCCAUCAAGAUGAAGGCCCGAUUCGCCGAGAACGUCUUCUCGGACGUUCUUCUUGUUCCAGAGGGCAGCUCGUGCAGGCCAAGUGCUCCUCUGUUCCAAAGAGGAUGGACACUGCAGGAGACGUUAUUAUCUACCCGUGUUCUAGUCUAUGGUCUGAGAGAGCUGACCUUCCUCUGCCUGGAGGGCAUCAGGUCAGAGUGCGGCUCACACCUGACAGUCGAGGAAAUCAACUGGGCCUUCCACCCUGGGAGUAAGAUCCACGUGAACAUGAACCACCCCCAAAGUUGGAAUUACUUGAUUGCAUCCUACUCGGAGCGCUUUCUCACAGUUGAGGGCGAUAAGCUGUUAGGUAUAGCGGCGCUGGCUGAAGAAUAUGGACGGAGCAAAGGCGUUGAUGGGUAUUUCGCGGGUUUGUGGAGGGACAAAUUCCUGGAGCAGGCACUCUGGACCACGGCAUCGUACACCGGAUCCCCGAAGCAUUCCAAGGGGUAUAUAGCCCCUUCUUGGUCUUGGGCAAGCAUCAAUGGCGAGAUCACGGGCUUCGGAGCAAGCUUCAACAUGCCUCUGGCGUGGCUACCUGAGACAAUGCCAGACAACAUCACAUGCGAGUUGGUUGAUGUCCAGACAACUUUGACAACACCAGAGAAUCCUUUUGGGAUGGUCAGCGGCGGGUACAUGCUGGUGCGUGGCAAUAUGCGGAGGGUCAUUUGGAAAAGCGAGCAUGGCCGGGGCUCGGCAUGGAACGGUAUUGGGUGUCUUACAUCAAAUACCAACGAACGUCUUGAGGCAAACGAGAAGGCAGUUCGUGACCCGAGAAUGGCGAUCAGGAUAGACAAUCAACAGGACUGGCUCAAGGAAGAAUUGGUUCUCCUCUGGAGCCUUGAGAUUUGCAAGACGGAUGACGGACGGGGGUAUGCGCUUCUCCUCAAAGAAACAGAUGUCAAAGCAGGGGCGUUUCGGAGAGUAGGUCGACUACAGAUAACCUCGGUGGAUGAGUCACGGGGCAAUUGGUUCGAUAGCGAUUACACUUUCCGGGAAGUUAUGGUGAUCUAA